ACCCCAUAGGUAUCAAUGCACAUCUCUGUUCUCAGGUUUAUAGGGGAUCUGCUGAAGCGAGUAGAUGAGAGUGUGGUAAUAUCUGACGUGUGUGACAUAAUUUAUGAGCACUCAGAGAACCAUUUCUCAGUCUUUACUGAUUAUGUCCGAAAUCAGCAGUACCAAGAGAAGACCUACAGCAGACUGAUGGAGAGUAACAGAGAGUUUUCUCUCGUGAUGAGGCGGCUAGAGUCAUCUCCACUCUGUAAACGUUUGCCCUUCACAUCCUUUAUGCUUUUGCCCUUCCAGCGAAUCACACGUAUCAAAAUCCUUAUACAGAAUAUUCAAAAAUGGACUGCAAAGGGCACUAAAGAAGAGGAAACAGCUUCCAAGGGCCUGGUUUCAGUGUCUAAGCUAAUCACGCAGGCAAACACACAGGUGGGGCAGAUGAAACAGAUGGAGGAGCUCAUUCAAAUAUCUAACAAGCUGGAGUUUGACAAACUCAAGGCGAUUCCAAUUAUUUCUAAAACACGUUGUCUAGAAAAACAGGGAGAACUACAAGAGCUUUGUAAAAGAGGGUCCCUCUUCAACAUCCGCAACAAAUAUACUCCAGUGUACAUGUUCCUCUUCAAUGACCUUCUCAUUCUCACCACAAAGAAAAGUGGUUGUCCAGACCGCUUUGUGGUGAUCGAUUAUGCUCAUCGGUCUCUGGUUCAGGUUCAGGCCACAGAAAACAAUCUUGGGCCACACUUGGAUCACUGUUUCUGUCUGACCCUCCUGGAAAACUAUCGGGGGAGCCCCUGUGAACACUUGCUUAAGGCUAAUACAGAGUCAGACAUGCAUAGGUGGAUGGCUGCUUUCCCAUCAAUUAAAGCAGCACUCGGGGAGGAGAAGAUUUAUGAGGACUGGGACUGUCCUCAAGUGCAGUGCGUCAGUCAGUAUGCGGCAAAACAGGCAGAUGAGCUUAGCUUGGAGCCCACUGAUGUCAUCAAUGUGCUGCGCAAAACCAGUGAAGGUUGGUAUGAAGGCAUGCGUCUCUCUGAUGGAAAGAAGGGCUGGUUUCCAGCAGAGAACACAUUAGAAGUAACUACUGAUCACCAGAGACGGCGGAAUGUUAGGGAGAAGUACCAAAUCGCACAAGAAACCACUCAAAACACUCCAAGUUGACUCCUAUUGACUUGCUGCCCAUCUCAUUUGCUCUUACUCCCCAAAAGAUUCCUUUCACUUACACACACACUCAUUUACUAUUGAAGCAGGGGCUAAUUAGUAACCCCCUUGCUAUCAUUAUCAUUAGAAUAUGAAGAGCAUCAAGAAGUUUUUAAAAAUGUUCAAAAGGAAGCCUGGACUGUGAAAGACAUUUUAUUGGACAGAUCUGCUGUUGUCAUGAGGUGACUAACAGGAUGAGCCCCCUCCCCUUGUCAGGCUCCACCUUCAGCUCCAUAGAAACAGUGCAAGCAAGUUUUAUUGCUACAUUUAGUGCAAGCAAGUUUUAUUGCUACGAAAAAAAAAAAAAGAAAUUAAACAUUUUUUUUUAAUGUUUAUCCCAAUGAUAAUACACGUGUGAGCUGAUAAAACUUUUGACUUUGCUGAGAGCCAUCACCUUGGAUAAAGCAUAACACAAAGGUUUUAGAUUUUUAAAUUUGAUUUAAAAUAAAAGGGGGGGGGGUGCAAAUUAACCCUAGUAAAUAUUGACUGCACAUUCAAUUUCUUUUUCAAAAGUACAAUUACCUUUAAGGGUGUCAUCCUCCAGCUGGCAGUGAGUGGAUUUUUUUAACUGUAAAAGUAUAGUGAAUAAAAGGAAUUAAUGUUUUGG